ACACAUGUAUGUUCACACAGGUCACAGAAGGAAUGAGGCGUAUGAACUUUAAUUUAUAUCUUUGCAGUGGAUUAAAAGUGCGGAGCGCAACCUCUGUGCAAGCGUGCAAACAUCUAACCACAGCUGAGUUUCAUAAAGACGUAACACAGAUCAGCUGAUAAUAUUUUUUUUUUUUUUGCUGAUUUAAGUCAUUUUAUUGCAACUACAUGACAGAUGAAGCUCAGGAGCAAGAGUGGUGGUGGUGGGUUCACUUCCUGUCUUUACAUUUUGUACUUUUCUCAUAAUCAGGGAUUGGAGGCUGCUGACUGAGGCGGAGCAACAUCAGAGAGAGAGAGAGAGGGAGAGAGAGAAAAGAGUGCUGGAUCAAACAGUGAGAGGGAGAGGAAGUAAAGAGGACAGAGGACAAAGGCCAGAGGACGAGGACGAGGACGAGCAGAGAGCAGAGACUGUCAGAAAGGUCGGAUUCUGGAGAAACAAAAAACUAAUUGUGGCUUUUGAGGUUUGAUGAGGAAACGACUGCACAACACACACACACACCGACGCCUGAGCUGCAGCUGUGCUGAGACUCCCACAGAGGAAGACUAAUGAGCCUCGUCGACAACCCUGACGUCUUCUCUCCUCCAACACAAUGACCACGACCUCCUCUGCCUCUUCGGUGCUCUUCACUCUUUCAGCCUCUGCGUCAAAUGACUCCUCUCUUUCUACGUCGACUCCACCGCUGCCUGCUUCAAUGUCACUCUUCUUCUCAGCUUCCUCUCUCCCUCCGUCCUCCACCUCGUCAGUCAUUUCCUCAAACCAGACGGAGUGUCUCUUUGAUGAUGCCGCCAUCCGCCUGCCGCUCACCGUCUGUUACUUGCUCUUCUUCCUCUUCGGGCUCGUGGGAAACCUCUUUGCGCUCUGGGUUUUCCUCUGCUUACACUCCAGCCACAACUCUGUGCGAGUGUUCCUCAUCAACUGUGCGGUGGCGGAUCUGGUGCUCCUGACGUGUCUUCCCUUCAGGGUCUUCUACCACGCGAACGGGAACAAGUGGGUGCUGGGCCCGAUGGCCUGCAAGCUGGUGGGGAACCUCUUUUACAUGAACAUGUACAUUAGCAUCGCGCUGCUGGGCUUCAUCAGCUUGGACAGAUACCUGCGGUUGAAGGGGAGGGGACGAGCGCGGAGAGGCAUGGCGCUGACGCUGUGCGGGCGCCGGUGGCCGUGGAGCUGGUUGGCGUGCGGGGCUCUGUGGGGCGUGUCACUGAUGGGGGCGUUGCCCCUCGUCAUCACCGGGGACAACAAGGUCAGCGCGGACAACAAGGUCACCAGUGACAACCAGUGCUUCCACUACAGGAAGCUACAAGGAGCCAAGUGGAAGGCCUACUUCAACGGGGCGCUGGUGGCGCUGUUCUGGCUCGUCUUCGUCAUGCUCGUGGUCUCCUACGCAAAGAUCGCCGCCGAGCUGAUGAGGGUGUCGCGCGACAAGCCCGACCUCCCCAACGCGCAUAAAUACCAGCGCACCGCCAAGAAAUCCUUCUUCGUCCUCUUCCUGUUCACCGUGUGCUUCGGGCCGUACCACGCCUUCCGCCCCGUCUACAUCCUCUCGCAGGUCAGCGACACGGCCAGCUGCAGCUACCUGAAGCUGGUGGAUCAUACCAACGAGGUAAUGCUGUUGCUCUCCGCCCUAAACAGCUGCAUGGAUCCCGUCAUGUACUUCCUGUUGUCGGGGUCGGUGCGCAAGACCGCGUUGCGCGCCCUCGGACAGCGAUUCGGACACAGGCUGCCCUUCCUGCACGAAGCCACGUCCAACAGCUCCACGACGGAGCUGAGACGCUUGUCUUUACCCAACACCCCGAGAAACAGCGUGUUCAACAUCAACUCCACCCUCUUCCGCCCAGGACAGACUACACUUCCCCCUACUGGACAACAAUGAUCACACAGUUCAAUACAUUUCUAACACUGUAUAUAAUCCCAGUUACCUCACAUGCAUCAAAUGUAAAAAAUGUAAAGUUGUGAUUCAAUAUUAAAACAUGAGAUUUAAGUCAGGCUACAUUACUGAAUGAAUUGUCAAAUAUUUGAUUAUUUUAAAUAAUUUAAACAAGUUUAAUAUAAGUCUUGUUUUUCAGCUUCUUAAAUGUGAAUAUUGUUUGGUUUUUUUGCUCCAUAUUAAAAGAAAAUCAUUAAAACUGAAUAAUUUUUAGUUUGUGGACUAAAUUAUUCAAUUGAGAACGUCAUUAUUUCCAGGUUUGCGAAACACUGAUCCGAAAUUGUUCGACAUUUUCUUACAUGUUGAGGUAAUAUAUCGAUAUAUAACAUCUAUAUUGUGACACGAAACAAAGAUUUCUGACUUUUCCUGGUUUGAAACGAUGUUUGCAAUGAUAAUCAUACUUAAAAUAUCGAAUAAAUGUGUAAAAUCCACCGAAUAUUAU